AUGUGCGACCAGACCUUUUUAGCAAUUGUAUUUGGUCCCUGUGACAAGUGCUCCAAAGAGAAGCCCCUCAGGCCUGUUUACAUCAAAUCAGAACAACUCAGCUACUGCUCGCUAUGUGUGGAAAUGAUGGCAACCGAGGGGCUGCGCGAGAACGAGACCUUGGCAUCGCUGAAGAGCGAGGCCGAGAGCCUGAAGGGGAAGCUGGAGGAGGAGCGGGCCAAGCUGCACGACGUGGAGCUUCAUCAGGUGGCAGAGCGUGUGGAGGCACUGGGCCAGUUUGUAAUGAAGACCAGGAGGACCCUGAAGGGCCAUGGAAAUAAAGUUCUCUGUAUGGACUGGUGCAAAGACAAGAGAAGAAUUGUGAGCUCUUCCCAGGAUGGGAAGGUGAUCGUGUGGGAUUCCUUCACCACCAACAAGGAACACGCGGUGACGAUGCCGUGUACCUGGGUGAUGGCAUGUGCAUAUGCCCCAUCUGGAUGUGCCAUUGCUUGUGGUGGCCUGGACAACAAGUGUUCUGUGUACCCUCUGACAUUUGAAAAAAAUGAAAAUAUGGCUGCAAAGAAGAAAUCGGUUGCAAUGCACACAAACUACUUGUCUGCCUGCAGCUUCACUAACUCAGACAUGCAGAUCCUGACAGCAAGUGGAGAUGGAACUUGCGCUCUAUGGGAUGUUGAGAGUGGGCAGCUUCUACAGAGUUUCCAUGGUCAUGGAGCUGAUGUCCUGUGCCUGGACCUGGCCCCUUCUGAAACAGGAAAUACAUUUGUCUCUGGGGGAUGUGACAAGAAAGCCAUGGUUUGGGACAUGCGGUCUGGUCAGUGCAUCCAGUCGUUUGAAACCCACGAUUCAGAUAUCAACAGUGUCAGAUAUUAUCCAAGUGGAGAUGCCUUUGCCUCUGGUUCAGACGAUGCCACGUGUCGUUUAUAUGACCUUCGUGCAGACAGAGAAGUAGCAAUUUAUUCCAAAGAGAGCAUCAUUUUUGGAGCAUCCAGUGUGGACUUCUCUCUCAGUGGUCGCCUGCUGUUUGCAGGCUACAAUGAUUACACCAUAAAUGUCUGGGACGUGCUGAAAGGGUCCCGCGUAUCCAUCCUGUUUGGACAUGAAAAUCGCGUCAGCACCUUGAGGGUGUCUCCCGACGGGACGGCGUUCUGCUCAGGCUCCUGGGAUCACACGCUCCGAAUCUGGGCUUAACCUGAGAUCCUGCUUGCGGAAUCAAAUGAAGACUGAAACCCUGGACUAGAAAAAACUGCAUAAAGAAGCCGUUCCUCAAAAUCAAAUAAUCACUACAUUACAAAAGAGUGACACUGAACCAACAGAUUAAAACAACUAGGUAGAAAAUAUAGUCUGCUUGAACACAUAGCAAACAUCAACUUGUAGUAGAACGAAAUGGUUUAAAUUCUGUUUUGAAACAAUAUUCUUUUAUUAGAAAUAGUUUAGUUAAUUAUAAAGGGACUUUUCUGCAAAGUCUCCUGUAUCAUAGAAUUGACUAUUUCAGUGCACAUUGUGUAUUUAUUUGCAUGAACUGAGUUUCUUUUUAAAGUAAAAAAAAAAAAAAGUCCUGAUUUUAUCAGGGUGUAGCAUAAGGCUUUGGAAACAUUCCGUAGUAGCAUAUUGAAUUUUAGUGUUGAAAAGUGGAAAGAAAAACAAUUCUGAUACUUUAUGAUGGUGUUAUGGAUGACUGAACCUUGGUGGUAUAGAGGAGCAAAGGACCUACUGUGAAGGUACUGGCUGCUGUCAUAAAAAUGUAUUUUUUUGUACAGAAAAGAAAUUCUUCCAAUCCCUUUUUUUUCUACUAUCUUUUUAGAUAGAAAUAAGUAUUUCAUCUCUGUUACCUAAAUAUAAAGAAUCUAAAUAUAUACAAACUGAUAAACGGCAAAGAGGAGGGAUAUAAACAUGAUUUACGUAAUCAUGAGGUAAUACUUAACCAGUAGUUUCUUAGAAAUUUUUAAUUGUAUCACUUGGUGAGUGAAUUUUCUUUUAAUUAAAAAAAAUACUACAUGCUAAGCACUAAGGGAUGCUACAUGCUAAGCAUUAAGCACCAUUAUACCGAUGGUCAAAUCUUUUCCGAGUCAGUCAUAGUCGUUCUAUGAUCAUGAUUCUUAUUUGCAUUUUGAGCAGUUCAUACCACUUUGGCAGGGCAAUGUAGCUUAAACGUAUAUUAAGGCAGUAUAUCCCAUUUUAAGGUCCUUCUGCAAUAUCAGAGCAGUGUAAGUUCAUGCAAAUGUGGGUCAAACCUUAAAAACCAAAUCAUACAGUUCUUAAUUUUAACAGUCAUCUCCCACUGCCACGGACUUGAGAAUCAAUAACAGUGAGUUGUUGAAAACCUGGUGUGAGCCACAGUCCUGCCGAUGUUUGAUGCUGUGCUGAGCAGAGCACAUGAGCCCAUCUGAUCCAGGAACCGCUGGGUUUCAGGGAAGCAGGACAGCUGUUCACACUGCUGGCAGCACCCAGCCCUCUGUGUGAGCAUGGGAAUGCCACACAAACUGGCAGCACCACCCCCUGCAGAGCUGAUGCUGUAGAAUCGAGAUUUAAUUAGGUAAAUGUGAGAAUUAAUUAUAGAACCAUAUCUGCAUUUAUAUGCAUUGAAAACUAUAGAGACUAUAGUGUGUCAGCUCUGCUCAUACCAACAGGUACUGAGUCUGACUUGAGCAGAGGCAUAGAGGGAGCAAAGGGCUGCAAUAAUGCUGGGGGCUUGCAUAGUCUGGCCUUUGAAAUGCAAGUGGUGAGAUCCAGCUCUGAAAAUAUCAAAUAUAUGAUUCAUAUUUAGAUUGAAACAAGAGAAAAGAAGCUCACUGAUCACUGGAGUUGUAAGUUUGAUGAUAAUAUCCUCAUUCUAUUUGAAAGUGGAAUUUUUUUUAGAAAAAAAUCAUAUAAGAAACAAAAGUCUCCUCAUUUAUGAAAACAUUAGGUUCUGUGAAUCCAUAACCAGUAAAUCUAGGACACUGACAUUUAUCUCAGCCUUCCAUCCCUAAUGGAAUAGUUCAGCUGUUUUCACUUGGAAAAGUCAACUCUGAUGCUUUGCAAUAUUUGUGGCAAACUAUCCCUGUAACAAACUGAAUGCACUAUGGAAAUGUCAUAUAGAGCUCACUGUGCAAUAUUGAGUCAAAACACUGUACACAUUUGAUCAAAAGAUUAAUAUUAAUGUUUAGAUAGUAUUUAUUGGCGAGAUGUUUGUUUCAAACAUACUGCGUUGUGUUGAUACUUAUGAACAGCCUAAAUACAAUAAAUUGUAUUUUACAUAUUGAGAACA